AUGUCCGAAGAACAGCUCGAUGAAAAGUAUCCCAAUCGUCCUCACAAUCAUUCGACAACCUUGCCUUUCCGCGACCUCUUCCUCGACCUCUUCAACCCUCUCAAUGAGAACAAAAGACGCCGUGGUGGCCCUGCUCUUGCAAGAAGACGCGGUACUCACACUCAGAAUGUCAAGGAAACUCGCAAGUCAAUCAUCGAAAAGUUUAUCAACAGAUGGCGUACCGAAGUCGGCAACGACAUCUUUCCUCUCUUUCGUCUCAUCGUGCCCGAGAAAGACCGUGAACGUCCCAUGUAUGGCUUGAAGGAGGCCACCAUCGCAAAGUUGUUGCUCAAGACUCUGAAUCUCGACAAAAAUGGCGAGGAUGGUUACAAUCUGCUCCACUGGAAGCUGCCCGGUGUCAAGUCUACCAGUCAAAUGGCCGGCGACUUUGCUGGCAGGUGUUACGAGACCUUGGCUGGUCGUGAGGCCGCUGGCCGUUCUUCUGGCCCUGGCAACAUGACAGUCGAACAAGUCAACGAUCUGCUUGAUCGGCUCUCUUCCAAACACAAGGAGGAAGAACAACUACCAGUGUUCCGCGAGUUCUAUAUCAACAUGAAUCGUGAGGAGUUGAUGUGGUUGAUUCGCAUCAUUCUGCGUCAGAUGAAGGUAGGCGCCACCGAAAAGACCUUGUUCGAGGCAUGGCAUAAAGAUGCAGAAAAUCUCUUCAAUGUAUCGUCCAGUCUGAGACGUGUCUGCUGGGAACUCGUUGAUCCCGAACUCAGACUCGACGGUAAUGAUACCGGCAUCAAGAUCAUGCAAUGCUUCCAACCUCAACUUGCACAGUUUCAGAGUCAUACAGUCGAGAAGAUGGUCACCAACAUGCAAUGCACAGAGGAAGACCCCUUUUUCUGGAUCGAGGAGAAGCUAGAUGGGGAGAGAAUGCAGUUGCAUAUGAUCUAUGAUGAGACAAUACCAGGAGAUUACCGUUUCAACUACUGGUCACGCAAGGCCAAAGAUUAUACCGAUCUCUAUGGUAAAGGCUUCGAAGAAGAGCAGUCAGCACUCACCCGCCAUGUCAGGGGCGCCUUCAAUGAAAACGUUCGCAGCAUCAUCCUUGAUGGCGAGAUGAUUUCGUGGGACAUGAGGGAUGACAGGAUUGUAGGCUUUGGCCACCUGAAGACUCAUGCCAAAGCACAUAGAGAAGACCCCAACUCACUGGCAUCACGCCCACUGUUUCGCGUGUUCGACUGCCUGUUCCUGAAUGGUGAGGCUCUCACCAACUACUCACUUCGUGAUCGAAGAAAGGCGCUCGCCUCUGCCGUCAAUAAUGUGUACCGUCGGCUAGAGAUACACGAGUACAACGAGGUUACUACUGCCGCUGAGGUCGAGCCAAUGCUCCGCAAAGUCGUGGCAGAAGCUUCUGAAGGCCUCGUCAUGAAAAAUCCACGCUCGGCGUACCGUCUCAAUGACCGCAACAAUGAUUGGAUGAAGGUCAAACCCGAGUAUAUGACCGAGUUUGGCGAGAAUCUAGACUGCAUCGUUAUCGGAGGCUACUAUGGAUCCGGUCAUCGCGGAGGCAAUCUUUCGAGUUUCCUCUGUGGUCUGGCUCCUCCCCACGCGCUGGGUAGUCCCAAUCCCGAGCUGAUGUGGUCAUUCUGUAAGGUCGGUGGUGGAAUGACUGCUCAAGACUAUGCAGAGAUACGGCACAUGACAGACGGCAAAUGGAACGACUGGGAUAAGAACAACCCGCCACUUGAAUGGAUCGAACUUGGUGGUUGGCUGGACAACUUACAAUACGAGAUGCCCGAUGUCUGGAUCAAGCCCAGUGAGUCGAUUGUGCUGCAGAUCAAAGCUGCAUCUGUGAUCACAGGCGAGAAGCGAUACCGCACCGGAUGUACCCUGCGAUUUCCGCGCUUCGUCGCAAUUCGUAAGGACAAAGACUGGAAGCAGGCUCUGAAUGUAGAGUCAUUCUGGGCAUUGAAGUCUCGCGCAGAGCACGAGAAGAAAGAAAAAGAGUUCAAAGUCGACGAUGCAAGAAAGAAACGCGCGAAACGUAGUCGCAAGAAGGAGCUUACCGUUAUCGGUGCUGAUGAACAGGUCAAGACGCCUUACGCAGGGCCCGAAACUGCCUUGUUUAAUGGCAUGAGCUUCUACAUCAUUACAGGCGCUGCCAAACCAAUCAACAAGACCAAAGCAGAGCUGGAGCAACUGGUCAAAGUCAAUGGAGGGAACAUUGUUGCGACUCACACCAACAGCGAGACCAUCUGCAUCGCCGAAGGCAACCCAAUCCGUGUUGCUUCGAUUAAGAAGGCCGGCACGCGCAAUAUCUUCAGACCGCAAUGGCUGCUCGAAUGCAUCAAGCAAGCCAAAUCAGAUAUUGGAAGACCAAAUGUUUUGCUGCCGUUCGAGCCGCGACACGUUCUAUUCAGCAAGGAGGAAGACGAGGAUAGCUUCAAUGGUAACACUGAUGAUUAUGGUGACAGCUUUGCUCGAGAUGUUGACAUUGAGGAACUGGAGAAGAUACUUGCCGACAUGCCCAAGUUCGAAGAUGACGAUUAUGAUGCUAACGAGAUCAUGGAUGAGCUUUUUGAUGAUGAUGUGUUGGAGGGACCAGGCUGUAUGUUCCGUGGCCUGCGAAUGUAUGUCGCUGGCGAUGACAUGGUUCUCGAGGCUGCCAAGCGAAUAGUCCUGUUUGCAGGUGCUCGUCUGGCGAGCUCUUUGGAGGAUGAGAAGAUCACUCAUGUGGUUGUUUCGGGAGAAGAGUCAGCGAGAGAGUCAAGGAUUCAGACGGCUAGCCGUAUUCGCCCACCUCGCGUCGUCACUACAGAAUGGGUUUUAAGAUGUUUGAAGGAAGGUACGAGGCUAGACGAGGAGAGUGUCUAA